AACCCAGUUUUGAAAUGCACACUAGUAGCCCAUUCUUUCUGGUCCCCAGGUCUUUUGCUACGAAUCAUCGCUGUUUCGACAGCUGGAGGCGUCUGAACAAUUAAAGAGUUGCUGCUACAGAUUCCGUUCCCAAAUCUGCAAUGGUGAAAUAAAAUAAAGGCUAUAGGAAAACAAAGAGAAAGAUACCUGUUUAUUCAAAACCUACUGUAGGUUAGGCUUUGUAGACUCCCUCGGAACACGUGAGCGGUUUAAUUAUUGCUCAGGUUUGGGGAUAAAUGAACCCAGGCUCAAGUUGCCUUUUUUUAAAGCUACUUUUAAAGAAACAGAUGGCUGCGAUGAAGAAGCAGAACAAUGCGUUAUAUUAUUUUCUGUGGUCUUACUUUCUGUUGCAGUGAACCGAAAACGACGAACACAUGAAAUAGAAAAGGAAAGCGCACAGGAGCAACCAGCAAGUUGCUGCGCCUGUUGUAACCCAACUUCCAACCUGGAUGCUGUUUCUUUAAAAGCUCCACUCAACGCUCCUCCCUCCUCCGUGACACAGCUGUCAGCAAAACCCUUUUAAUUCGGACUGUCAGAGAGUGGUUGCAGGAAAUGACAAACUGGAGGGAGGCUGAGCAGAAUGGUUAACAUGCUGAAAUAAUGAUCUGUACAAUAAAUCCAAAAUCCUUAAUCCGUCAUAUGCAGUACAGUUAAGUUCACAUACCACGGGAGGAGUGCAAGCUUAAACAGCACAUGGACAGCAACAUUACAAAACGAUAGAACAAAAAAAAAAAGGAUUGCAUCCUCCUGCUUCAGGGAAGAAAUUCAAAUAUCCUUUAUGGUUUUUGCAAUACUGUAGCUUCGUGAUCACACGAAGUUCCCCCCUCAGUCUAGUACAACUACUGCUGCUAGAUUUGAGGACGACCACCACCGCGCGUGGUUCUCUUCCAGGAGGCCACCUCGCUGUCAUCUGCCCCUCAUUUUUUUUUCUUCUUUUUUAUUUGCAAAUAACAAGCCUGCCUCUAUUUCCCUCAUGAAAAAUAAUCUUUGGAGCGGUUCCCGGGACAUGACCACGAUGAUGCCGAGCAAAAGCGUGGAAUGGCUGCAGGAGGAACUUGAAGCCGGCGGGGGCUCGCUGCUCGUCCUGGAUUGUCGGUCCCACGAGCUCUUCGAGUCGUCUCACAUCGAGACAGCCAUCAAUUUGGCUAUCCCGGGGCUGAUGCUGCGGAGGCUCAAGAAGGGGAAUUUGCCGAUCCGGUCCAUCAUCCCCAACAACGAGGAUAAGGAAAAGUUCGUGAAGCGGUGCAAGACGGACACGGUGGUUCUGUACGACGAGGCCACUUCGGACUGGCAGGAAAAUGGAUCGGCAAGCUCUGUUCUGGGGCUACUUCUGCAGAAACUCAGGGACGACGGGUGCAAGGCUUACUACUUGGAGGGUGGAUUCAACAAGUUUCAGAUGGAGUACGCGGAGCACUGCGAGACCAAUCUGGACAGCUCAUGUCCCAGCAGUUCCCCCCCUGUAUCUGUGCUUGGUCUGGGAGGACUACGGAUCAGCUCCGAUUGCUCCGAUGGGGAAUCGGACAGGGAGCCCAGCAGUGCUACUGAGUCAGAGGGAAGCCCCUUGCCUAACAACCAACCUGCCUUUCCUGUUCAGAUUCUUCCCUACCUUUAUCUGGGCUGUGCCAAAGACUCUACUAACUUGGACGUGCUGGGCAAGUACAAUAUUAAGUACAUACUGAAUGUGACACCCAACCUCCCCAACAUGUUUGAGCACGACGGUGAAUUCAAGUACAAACAGAUCCCCAUCUCGGAUCACUGGAGCCAAAAUCUAUCACAGUUCUUUCCAGAGGCCAUUUCAUUCAUUGAUGAGGCUCGUUCUCAAAAGUGUGGUAUUCUGGUGCACUGCCUCGCUGGGAUCAGCCGUUCGGUGACUGUCACGGUGGCCUAUCUGAUGCAGAAACUGAACCUGUCCCUGAACGAUGCCUACGACUUCGUAAAGCGGAAAAAGUCGAACAUCUCGCCCAACUUCAACUUCAUGGGCCAGCUCUUGGACUUUGAGAGGACUCUGGGGCUGAACAGCCCCUGUGAUAACCGGUCACCCAAUGACCAGCUCUAUUUCACGACACCGACCAAUCACAAUGUGUUCCAGCUCGACACGCUGGAGUCUACAUGAAGAUCAGGAACUGGGUGGGCAUCUACCCUUUGAGAUUGAAUGUUAUUCUCAUCUCCUAAAGCAUUUCAAACAUGUUGCCAGGCCAUCUUGGUGCAUACCAUGGGAUGGGCCAACGAGAUGUCUCUAAGACUGCUGCUCAGAGGGCGUUCACUUGCUAUCUGUAGAUGCUGUGCCACAACUUAAGAUGAUUGAGAAGUGGCACCUCUUGCCUUUAGCCAGGACUGUUGUUUUAUUCUAAAAAAGGCAGUAUUAGACUGGAAAGAAAUGCUACACAGAGAAAGAAAAAUAGAGAUCUGCAGCGCUUCUUAAGUUAUCUGUCAAGAAUAUUAGAUAGCACUUGACCUCCUGACAAAGAAGGUGCCAAUGUGAUGGUUGGAGUUUACUGUCAGAGGUUAUCUCACUCUACCGAAUGUAGAGUACAUGGAUUUGAUUAUAUACAUACAUUUUUAUAUAUAUAUAUAAAUAUUGACUUUUUCAAAAAGCAAAGAAGACGACAAAAUUGCAAAAUAGAAUCCUGGAUUGUAACUCAAGAAAACAAACCAACAAAAAAGAACUUUGUGAUUUUCUGAUUGUUUUUUUUUUUCUAUGUUUGUAAUGACCUAAUGCAGUUUGCACAGUGGUGAAGCCUUUCACAUCUUGGCACUUAAAACUGGUACUCCACAAAAGAUAAAGAGACGUUCAGUUGUCCUCCAGCCUGCCAGUUCAAGGCUGUGAUCAUCCCCUGCAGCUGGAGUGUCAGAACAGGCUGGACUGGCAGAGAGGGGAUGCACUUACUUAAAAGCUCAUUGUUCCUUGCUUUUCAAAGCUACAAGACCCUCUUCCUUAAAGUGUUUUUCUGGGUGGACUCUGAGCGCCCGCAUGCCUUGGUGAUUAGAAAUGUUGUUAGAACUGGGAAAGCUUUGCUCACUUCCAAUAGUCUGAAGCGCAGGUACAGUAGUUCACAGGAGGAAAUAGUGAGUGAGGGACUGGUGAGGGAGAAGAUGGAGGUGGGUAUUACAAACACUCACUGUAUUCAAAGGCAAUGGAGAGAAUGUUUCUUUUAAUUUCUUUGCUGCUGCUCUUUCAAGGCCUGGGCUCUAAAGAGGAGAGAGGUGGGAGACAUGAAGUGAGCAGCACUGAGAAUGUUAGUGAGGUGGUUUCUGGGAACAGAUAGUCAGGGAAUGCAUUCAGUGGAAGGAUCAAUGCUAGGGUGGGAUUUGUGGCUUUAAGACAGCCUUAUAUGACCUUUUUUAGCAUUUUUGUAAUGCUGACUGUUCAACACUAUAUUUGUAUUUCACUUAAGACGUAAAUGUUGAAAAGGAUAUGUGCUUAAAAUACUUUGUAAAGCAAAACAUAGUAAUAAUGGACACCCACAAAUUUCUUUGUAACGGGUCCUACACUGUUGUUUUUCUUAUUCUCUGCAAUACAAUACACAAGUUUCCACAGUAUUUUUUAAACAAUAGGCCUCGGGUUUUUCUAUUUGUCUACUUUUGUACAAGAGUUCCAAGAAACACAGCUUGACUGCUUUGUCACUGAAGGAAAGCUUAAUCUUGGGGUGUCCAAUGUGUGUACCUGACAUUUGAGAAGCAGAUGUAGAAACAGGGAAAUAUUCUUCAAAAGGUUGUAAACUUCUAAAAAUGUGAGUGGCUUUAUUUUAGUUUUUUUUUUUGGAGUAAUCCCAAAGAUCUCCGAGGAACUUCCAAAUAUUUUAGCAAAUGACCAAAUCCCCAGCUAGAUUUCACCCCGUGGCCUUCAGCAUGUUUCGUGCAGGUUUACAGCUUGCUCUGCGUAACUUAAUCGUGCUGUGCUCCAUGUUUGAGCUAACUGCUCUAGCCUGUUGAGAAUGAGAUGCCCAACAGUCAGCAGAUGGCAACAAAAAUGAUUUGCUCACACCCCAGGAUUAAAAUUCAUUUCAGGGAGGAGCUGCGUAUUAAAAUGAAAAUAAUUUUUCACAUUUCCAGCUGCUUUCUUGAGGAGGAAUGUCUGUCUUUUGUAAUAAUGUUAAGAGAAAAUUAAAACGCGUUUUCUCUAUUUGUAAAAUGCCAGAGCACAGGAACGAUUGUUUCUGUCGGAUAUCUUGUAGCUUCAUCAGAGCAAGAGCGAGAUGUGGGUUUAAGUGAAUGAGCAAAGCGAGAGAAAAAUGAACAAAAAUUUAUUUCUUACCUCACUGAGGAAAUUUUCAGGGAUUUUUUUGACAAUGCAUCUGCAUCAUGUUACAGCUUAAUAUAAAUGUCAAAUAGCUGUUUUUAAUGUGCUGUAUACGUUUUUUUUGUUUUUUAAGAUGCAAUCUAUACAUGUGUAUAAAAAUGGGCUUGGUAACAGGGCAGUUCUACUUUCUGAUUUAUGAAGGAUAUAAAAAUUGACCCUAUAUAUUGUAUAGUAUAUGGAACCAACACAAGACUUGUUUAUACUGCAAAUAAAUAUGGAAUUAUUUUUUCUGUAAA